AUGUUUAAACCUAUCGUAACAAAGUAUCUCAGCGAAACGAACUUUGGUCAAUCAUUUCUAUUUUGGAAUACAAAUCAAAAUGUCGAUUAUAUUCAGAUUCCAUCAAUAAUCUUAAGAAUUAUAACUGAUUUCGAGAAAUUAUUCUCUACGGCCGAGGCGAAAGAAUUUAUCGACAAACUUCGAGAGGAACAGGAAGAACGUAGAUUUGAUUCAGCUUUCCAGAUCAAUGUCACAUCUUCCUGCACAGUUAAAGCUUUGAAGGGCUACAACGCGAAUCAAACACUUAUUGACGAAUUAAAAGUAAAUGACGAACAUAAGAAUGAAAGAAAACGGCCUGCAGAGGAAAUUUCUCAUACCAUAACUUCUCCAAAUCUCCGCCCAUCAGUUGAGGAAAAGGAAACCGAUGCCCAAUUUCUUUUUUCGGACCAGAUUGUAAAAGGGCACCCAGAAGAUACAAAUUCUCUGGAUCAAGCCAUUAGAAACGAAGAUACUUCAUACGAACGUCGUCGACGCUGUUCUACUCCGGAAGAUAAGACCAAAAGCGUCAAUUUGGAUGAGGUCCCAUCUGCAACGACGACAACUUCGUUGGAUUCCUCAUCCGAAUAUAUUCCUUCCGAUGAAUCAGAGGAGGAUGAUGAACUUGAGUUUAUUACAAUGGGACAUAAAAAAGCAAGAUUGAAAUCAAACAAAUCAAAUGAAUUACCAUCCUCUCCUUCUCUUCAAUUUCCUAGGCAGUCUCCAAUUGACAAUCAAUUACGAAGAAAUGACUUCAUCACAGGCGAAAUCGAGUGCACAAAUCUGGCUUUAAAGCCGUGGAAGUACGAAGUGCACGGUGGCCAUUUUCGUGGAAUUCGGCGGUGGAGUACAGUCGCGUCCGAAAGUGACGCCCGAUUUUGUACGGUAACUGAGUUAACUUCUCAAGAUAAGGAGAAAAUACUUGCAUAUAUGGAGAAUUUUAACCCUGCACAAAUAGCAAGAAAAAUGGGUCGUGACCCCACCACAAUAAGAAGAAUUAUUGACAGAUACAAGAAGACAGGGAAAACUGAAAAUUUACCUAGAUCAGGGCGUCCACCUGCUCUUGAUGAUAAUGAGAAAAAUGCACUUAUAAACGAAGUUACACAAGAUCGAUGCGAACCUUUACAUGAAGUUAUUAAUACACUAGGUUUAAAUUGCAGCCUUACAACUGCUAAAAGAGCAUUACAUGAUGUUGGAAUUUAUUUUCAUGUUGCUGCAAAAAAACCUUUUAUAUCAGAAAAGCAUUCAUUAGCUCGUAUUAGUUGGUGUGAGAAAUAUAAAGAAAAAACAGCUUAUGAUUGGGCACAAGUUAUUUUCUCAGAUGAAUCAAGUGUUGAGAUUGGCAAGCAAUCAUGA